AUGUUUCGUGAUCAGUCUGUCAACCGCGACCCCCUGGCUUCGGCGCCGCUCAAGCUCGAUGCAGAAUUUGUCGACAAAAAGUUAUCCUCAACUACAUCAUCCUCUGACAAGAGCCGCAGCUUCGUCGAGAUCAAACUCGGCCUGGCUGGUAGGAAGCUUAUUCUGACCGGUUGGAGAGCCCUACUGGUGCUUUUGGCCAUUUCUUGGUACUUUUGGGGGCCGUUUCGAUUGGCCGAGCUUGCCAACUUUGGCAGCGGCUAUUUUGCUCCUGCUCGUCCUUGUCCUCAUGCAGUAAAGCGAGUACAAGGAUACGCUGACCUGCUGCAAAGUUCCGAAUUUCUUCCCUCGCUCGGAACCGUCUCGCAAUCUACUGCUCGUAACGAGACCCCCGAGGCACGAUGGAAGAAAUGGUUUGCUAAGCUUGAGUCGGAUUUCCUCGCUGUGCCUACCGCCCAAGGCGCACGAGAUGCCCUGCAGAGGUACACCAACGUCAGUCAUGUCGCUGGUUCCCAAGGUGAUUACCACUCUGCUCUGCAGAUUCUCGAGGAGUGGGCAGAUCUCGUAGGUGCGCCUCUACCCGAUAACUUGAAGGAUCUCGUCUUCGACGCUGGUUCCUCCCAGAGUCAGGCUUACCUCAAAGGCGUUGAAGGAAAAGACGGCGUUCGAGCCUGGACCGAUACCUAUGCUGUUUGGCUCAACUAUCCGAUCAACUCGACCCUUACCCUCGCCAAGCCUGAUCAGCUUGACCAGCCCUAUUGGACGGCCAAGCUCAAGGAGGACGUGCUGGAUGCCGAUCCUACCAGCUCGCGUGGCGUACCUCUCUUCCACGGUUACUCGGCUUCCGGCAGCGUCUCUGGUCAGGUCGUCUUCGCAGGCAUGGGCAGAAAGCAAGACUUUGCCGAUCUCGCAGCCAAGGGCAUCGACGUCAAGGGCAAGAUCGUGCUCGUUGAUUAUGGAUCCAAUUUCCGCGGUCUCAAAGUGCGUGCUGCCCAGGAGGCGGGUGCUGUCGGCGUGAUCAUCUACACCGACACCAUUGAGGAUGGCGAGAUUACCGAGGCAAACGGACACAAGGCCUACCCGGACGGCCCAGCACGCAAUCCUUCGGCUGUGCAGCGUGGAUCCGUGCAGGGACUCUCUUUCUACCCCGGCGACCCUUCGACUCCUGGUCAGCCUUCGUACCGCAAUGCAACUCGAUUGCAGCCCGAGGACGCCGACUCUCUGCCCAAGAUCCCUUCUCUGCCUUUAUCUUAUUCUGAGGCCAAGGUGCUGCUCGAAUCGAUCAAGGGCAAAGGCGUCAAAGCUAGCGAGGUCAACAACCGUCUCGCUGGAGCUAUCGACGGUGUUGAAUAUUGGACUGGUCCUUCGGACGAUAUUGUGCACCUGGAAAACUUUGUCGACCUCAAAGUACGCGAUAUUUGGAACACGUACGCGGUGCUUCCCGGUCACAUCAAGGACGAAGUUGUUGUUCUCGGAAAUCAUCGAGAUGCGUGGACGUUCGGUGCGGCCGAUCCCAACUCUGGCACAGCUGCAUUCCACGAAGCUAUCAAGGGUCUCGGUCAGCUUUACCGUCAAGGGUGGAAACCCAUGCGCACGAUUGUCUUUGCGUCUUGGGAUGCCGAAGAGUACGGUCUGGUCGGAUCGACCGAGUUCGGCGAAGACUACGCGCAGUGGAUUCGCGAUCACGUCGUAGCAUACCACAACGUCGACGUCUCGGUUUCCGGAUCCGUGUUGCAGGCUUCUUCUUCGCCGUCUCUCUCGCGUUUCGUGCAGACGGUCGCUGCUAAAGUCGAUGAUCCCAGCAAGCCUACUAAGAAAAUCGACCUGAAUGCAUUCCACCCUCUCGGUUCCGGAUCGGACUACACGGUGUUCUUGCAGCACCUCGGCAUUGCCUCCACCGAUCUCGGCUUCAAGAGGGCUCCCACAGAUCCGAUCUACAUGUACCAUUCCAACUACGACAGCUUCUACUGGAUGGACAACUUUGGCGAUCCCGGUUUUAAGCGCCACGAAGCAGCGGCCAAGCUGGUUGGUUUGAUGGCGAUCCAGUCGUCCACUCAAUUGUUCGCGCCUAUUGACGUUCAGGAUUACGCAACCGAGCUGACCAAGUACCUGGCUAAAGUGCAGACGCUGGCUGCAAAGAAGCUGGGUAUCCCGAAGCGAGCCGGUGCCAAACACCCGCGUUGGUUGAAGAAUCUUGGUCGUUCGAUUCACGAGCUCGGUGCUUCUGCGAGACGGUUUGAGCAUCGCAAGUCGCACCUCAAGGCCAAGCUGUUGAAGCUGGCCGAGAAGCACUCACAACACCAUGCGCAGCACGAGAGCGCUAACUGGCAAAAGGAGAUCUGGAAGGUGUUGGGCGAGAUUCGAGUGCUCAACAAGCAGUUGCAGACUUUCGAGCAGGGUUUCAUCUCGAAGCAAGGUCUGAAGGGUAGAGAAUGGUACAAGCAUCUGGGCACCGCUCCGGGCAGGUGGCUGGGUUACGGAGCUACUACGCUGCCCGGUGUGACGGAGGCCAUCACGCUGGAUAACGGACAAGGCGUGGAGAGCGAGGCAAAGCGUCUGGCACAGCAUAUCGAGGCACUGGCACAACACUUGCACAAGCACUGA